AUGCAGUUGAGCCUUCUUUUCCUCUCGUCGCUGGUGGCGGCGAGCCCCCUGGCGGUUGAGAAGCGGCAGCAGGCGACGCUCUGCGACCAGUAUGGCUACUGGUCCGGCAACGGCUAUGAGGUUAACAACAACAACUGGGGCCGUGAUGCGGCCUCGGGGGGCUCCCAGUGUACCUACGUUGACAACAGCAGCGGCAGCGGCGUCUCGUGGCACGCGACGUGGCAGUGGAGCGGAGGCGACAACAACGUGAAGAGCUACCCCUACGGUGGCAAGCAGGUCGCCAAGGGCCAGAAGAUCAGCAACCUCAACAAUAUGCAGACGUCGGUCUCGUGGUCCUACAGCAACACCAACAUCCGCGCCAACGUUGCGUACGAUGUGUUCACGGCGGCAGACCCCAACCACGUCAACAGCAGCGGCGACUACGAACUGAUGAUCUGGCUCGGAAGAUUCGGCAAUGUCUACCCCAUUGGCUCCUCCACGGGCACCGUCAAUGUCGGCGGCCGCAGCUGGGAGCUUUUUAUCGGUUACAACGGCAGCAUGAAGGUGUUCAGCUUCGUUGCGUCGAGCCCCAUCAACAGCUUCAGCGCCAACGUCAAGGACUUCUUCAACCACCUGCAGAACAGCCAGGGCUACCCGGCCAGCCAGCAGAACCUGAUUGUCUUCCAAUUCGGCACUGAACCCUUCACUGGCGGGCAAACCACCUUCACUGUCAACAACUUCUCGGCCAACAUCUCCUAA